AUGCCGGUGGACAUCGGGAAUUGCAGUCGUGCACUGAUUAGAUACUACUACGAUCCGAUUGACGAUGAAUGCAAACAGUUUAAAUACUCUGGCUGUGGUGGAAAUGCAAAUCGAUUCAUGCGACGAACGAACUGUAAGAGUCACUGUGUGAAGAGGAUCGAAGACAGAACCGAACGAUUCAGUUCGACUUCGGUGAAGAGGCUCCUGAAACUUGAUCGCAUUUACAGUGUGGGUGCAAUCCCCGAUGUCAGCGGUUGUCCCCAGUGUGAUCCACUUUAUGGUUUAUGUCUAAACAAUAAGUGUGGUUGCAUAGACGGAUUUCGGGCACUGGGCAAUAUCUGUAUUGACGUAAACGAAUGUCGAACUGGAUCGGUAUGUCCGGCGAACUCGCGCUGCGUGAACACAGUCGGUUCGUUCCGCUGCGAGUGCGGUUUCGGUUUCAGCGAUGACGGCCAGUGUGUGAUAAGAAGAGGUCAGGAACGCCUCCAUACGAUUUCUGUUGAUAAUUCCAGAUACUACUACGAUCGUGAGGCCAAUGUAUGCCGGCAGUUUCUGUAUGGUGGAUGUGUGGACAAGUCAAAGAAUAUCUUUCCCGAUCCGGAGGUUCGUAAUCUCGGUAGUGAUUGUUUCCAAAAUGAAUGUGAACCGUUUUGGUACGAUGGUUCAUGUGAUCCAGAAGCUGUCCAGGAGAAGAACUUUUUCGAAUUCUUAGAUUUAUGCCAGAACGUUUGCUCAGCUCGCAGUGUCAUCACUACCGUACAGACAUCGCUCAAUCCUAUCUCAAGCGAACGACAGAAAAUCUAUUUCGCAGAAUCAACUCCUGUGCAAGAACAUAAUAAAUCAUUUUUAGAAUUGACUUCUGUCGUCACUCAUGCAACAAUUGCUGUUCACCAGCACGAAGUCAGCAAUUUUGAGGCGAAAACGCCUACGCAAACAUUCGAUCGUAUGAAGUACAUGGAAGAGUUCAGAAAAAAAUUGAACUCAUUUCCGAAAGGAUACAAAAAGCGAGUGAAAUCAUGGCUACCCAUGUCAGUCACUAUAUCGACACCUCACACCACGGCGAAAGCAUACGAAACGAGAGUCUGUAGGCCUAUCAUUCCGAAGCUGAAAUUGAAGUGGUUCUUCAACAGCGAGCGUGGUACCUGUAAAUCGUUCUGGUAUGGUGGAUGUGAGACUGAUGCGCGAAAUUUUUUCGGUGAUGUUAAGAGUUGUCGGACAACAUGUGGACACAAGAUGUUCAUGCAGAAAGAUGCUCCUCAUCCUCACCAUCAUAUCAUGCCAUCAAUGCUAUGGCCUGUCAUUUCGCCUUCCUCAUUCAUACCGGUGUCUCCAGUAGUUUCUGAAGUUAGUCUCUCUUCCACAGAUGCAGCAACGGCCACUACCACUUCGGAUGUGUCUGCGGAACUGAAAACGCACGUCGUUGGGAUUUCAUCCAUUGUGUCCAGUGGAGUUACUGAUGGUAAUGAGUCCUCCACAAUCGGCACUAGCCAAACUAAUACAUCUGGACAUAUCUGCGGCGAAGGGUUUGACCCGAAAUGGGAUGAGGAUUGUGCUGACGAUAACUGGGUAAUUCGUGCGUAUUUUGACCCGGAUAAGAAAGGAUGCAAGCGAAUAUGGUGGGGCGGAUGCGAGACGAACAACAAGAAUCUAUGGAUGAACAUGGAGGAAUGCCGAAAAGGUUGCCUUCACAAGAUCAACUCUGUGUCAAAGCCGUCUCCUUGGGCAACGACAUCCAGAGUUACAUCAUCCACAGAACUGCCGUCGAAUUUUUCACCCAAGAGUCCUACGUCUGGUAUCCGACACUACCGUGCUAAGGCUAAGACGAUCUCAAAUGAACGAGUGUUUCAAGCCGAUCUCGAAAGACAACUGGCCAGUAUAAAACGCCACCACGAAAAUCGAGAAGAUUUAGCUUAUAGUAAGCUUGUCAACCAUCCUGUCACCAUAGCAUCUGAAUGUCUUGAGCCAUUCGACAUAAAUCUCACCAAAUCAUGUGACGACGGCAAAGAAUGGACAAGCAGGUAUUACUUCGACAGAGAUCUUCGCGUGUGCAGGAUGUACUGGCAUGGCGGGUGCUUCUCGUCAAGUCGGAAUGACUUUGCCAACCAAGAGUCAUGCAUGUGGAGGUGUAUGGGGCAGCAUACUGAGCCGGCUUCAAAAGCGUGUCUUGAUCCAUUCGACUGGGUUUACCUUGAAGACUGUCGUCAUGGCGAAUUCAGCGAUCGAUAUUACUUUAAUCAUGAACGAAAGGAAUGCAAAUCUUUUCAAUGGGGUGGAUGUCAGUCGCUGUCGCAAAAUUUUUUCACGACACUGAAUCGCUGUAAAGAGCUAUGUGAAUCUUUGCCGCAAGAGUUUGCACAAUCCUGUCUUGAGCCGUUCGACGACGGUUAUCGCGGCUCAUGUUCCUCAGAUGGUCGCUUCAAAGAGUACUACUAUUUUGAUCAUCUUACAAGCACUUGUCAAAUGUUUUGGUUUGGAAAUUGUCCUGGUUCUAGUCACAACAUUUACCCGACAUUAGAAUUUUGCCAAUGGAUAUGCGAGCGACAUCGUGAUGAGCGUAAACCAACAUAUUGUAGUGACAAAUUCGAUCCGACCUACAGACAGUCGUGCGGAGACGGGCAUUGGGUUGAAAAAGCAUUCUUUGACCAUGAAACGGAAAGUUGCGCCACUUUCUGGUGGGAUGGCUGCAUAUCGACAUCACAGAAUAUUUUCAAUGAUUUAAGGACUUGUCAGAAGCUCUGCGAAGGUCAAGGUGAGAUUUCUGUCGUGCUGUUCGAAUCUAUUUGCAGCUAUCCAGCCUAUUAUUUUGACCGGCUCGCACAAAGUUGUCGUCCAUUUUCUUAUUCUGGAUGUGGCGGUAACGAAAACCGCUUUCUAACCCUCUCACAGUGCGAAAGCCUAUGUGAACCAUUCGUGCACAUGACAGAAAGUGAAAUGGACUGUCACAUGCCUCUGGAGAUUGGUUUUGGUAGCAGUGACAGCAAUUGCCUACCAGACGCUGGCUUUCGUUUUUAUUUCAGUCGCAGUCAAGGAAAAUGUUUACGAUUCUGGUAUCACGGUUGUGGUGGUAACGCGAAUAAUUUCUAUUCAUACGAAGUGUGCCAGAGAACCUGUGAAAUUCAAAUGCAAAGAGUGGACAGAAAACCGAGGGCGAAUGGCAACGGUAUAUUUGGGAUAAAUUAG